AUGGCAGAUAAGAAGUGGCUAUUCGGGUCAGGGUCAAGGGAACCGAUGCCUCUGGGCAUGCACUGCAAGCCCUGGUACAGAGACAAUCUACCUUCCAAGUGUUUUGCGAAACACAAGGUUCUCAAAUUCCCUACCUCCCUGGAUGGUAAGCGGUGGAGAUUUGUGAGAGAGGGGCUGGAUGAUUUCAGGAAGGGCUGCCCGCCUUGUGACGAUCUGAUCACUCGUGGCCCUCAGAAGGGCUUCCUCCCCGUGAUUCCACACAAAGUGCCCCAACCUGCCCCCCCGAAGAGUCACAAAUCGCUGGUCAAAGAUGCAGGCCUAUUUUCCAAGCUCUCGCCAGCCCAGCUUGAGCGGAAGGCAUUCAUGGCGGACGUUGACAACCAUCUGACGCGGCAUCCCUUGUCUGUAUACCCGGAUUUGGAUGCAGAUCUACCUGCAGAUCUCCUACUGAAAGUGCUGCAAGUGCUCGAUCCUGACAGGAAGCUGGAGGACAUAUGGGCCUACUGCGAGGGCACCAGGGAAAGGAUAAAGACCCCCCAAAAGGUUUGUAAAACUUACCCUGGAAAAGUCUACCUGGAACCUCCCAAGAAGACUCCUGGGAUAUGUCCUGACAGUGUGCUUCGUAAAGAAAAAAAGCCAAGAAAAAAGGGUUCACGGAAACGUCUUUCUCGUAGGAGAGUUCCGGAAAGAGUUCGUGACUUCUGCAACUGGGUUGCUGGUUUUGGAGACUUGGGCAUUGAUGAAAACUUCUUCAUGCAACUAUUUGACAAAAGUUCUGAGUGCGACCGAAAUAAUAAAGUACCUCACAUUAAGAAAAUAGGUCAGAUUCCUUUGGAGCUAAAGUACAGCAUGGAGCUAAAUGAAACCGAUCAAGUAAAUUUCUCCAUAGAAGAAACAAACUGGGAGAGAAAACUCCAGAAAAUAAAGGAUCCUUAUAAACCCGACCGUGAGAAGAUAAGGUAUGGAGCAUGGUAUCUGAAGCCCAAGUUUUGGCAAAAGUUAAUAAAUGAUGAACCUUUGAUUGACCCCUAUAUUGCUGAAGGAUUUGGGAAGCCUCCUACACCAGACAUUCUUGAAGAGCUUUAUGGAACAAUAGCUUUUAAAGAUUACGUUCUAAGCAAAGGCUACGAAAUGCCAUCCAUAAUUGAGAGGCUGUUUACCAAGAAGGGAUGGAAAUAUGACUCUAUUAAUACUCCCAUGGAAAGAACAAUACGCCUCCAUGCACUCAAAGAUGACGAUGACGAGGAGGAGGAGCCAGUGCUGAUGUCGUCACCGGAAGUUGAAUAA